GGGUGGGGCCAGCUGGUGCGGGGGCCGCGACGGAGUUUCACUGGCGGAGUGGGCCCGGGGUUCCCGAUGACUGCUCCCGGCGGCCGAGGACCGGGCUGGGGCUGGCGGGGACCUUGCGGGAGGGGCGGUGCGGUUCGGAGCCCGUGCCGCGCCUUUGCGGCAGCUGCGAGCCCUGACAGUGGGUGUUCCGCAGGUGUGCAGGGGUGCGCCUUUGAGUGAGGGAUUGAGGCCGGGAACGCGAGCCUCGGCCCGGACGCUUUAGCGUGGGUGGUGGGCUGAGCCCGUGCGGGGAGCCGGCUUGGUCGCCAGCGUCUGAAGGCCCUGCUGGGGCCCGAGGCCCUGGUGGCGGCGUCAGCUCAGAGGGACCUGGUGCAGGUGAGUGGGCGGCUUCUACCCUCUGCUGUGGGAUUCCACCCUGUUGGUCCUGGUGCCAACACAGGAAGGAUGGUGCUGUUUUUAGAUCUUUCGCCUUUCCUUCUCCGUUUCUUAACUCAGAUACUUAGGAAGAGUUCAUUUUGGCUUGUGACCUGAUUUUGGGUUGGACAAUCUGUAGGAUCGUCUCCACUCCUGAGUAUUGAAAGUUGAGGAAAGGAUUUCCUGAGCCUAGGAACGUGCAUGGAGAUGCUUGAGGCAGGGACUGAGUUGGAAGUGUUCAGGAAACUCAGUGACGGCAGUAUCUGCUGGGACCAAAUAGCAUCCAGAUAGCGCUAAGGAGCAGGGCUGCUAUUUAUUCUAAGGACACUGGGUGCUGUGGACAGUUUAAAGCAGAGGAGGGAGAUGAUAGAAGUUAAGUCUUACUAGUGUCUCUGUGGCUGCAGAGUUGAACCCAUGUGUAGGGUGAGGAUGAAAGCAGGGAGGUCUUGGAGCGCUCUCUUCCACCUUCAAUGUCAGUGAUCCUGGUGGCCAGACCAGAUAGAACUGCAGAUGUGUUUCUUGUCUUUCAGAAACAGGCUGACCAGGUUAUCUGAUGUGGAGGGUGAGGAAGAGGAGGCAUGCUCUGUGGUUUGCUUCUUAGGUAGAAGUAUCAACAUAUCACCAGCAAAGAGAGAGAAGGAAGUGGCUGCGGUAGGAAUUUUAAGCAGAAAUAGCAGAAGUUGGGUUUGGGAUGUGUUGAGUCUCUGAUUGAUGCCCCACAAAACCUGAAUAGAUUUCAACAGUGGUUUAACACAGUUACUCCAUUUUAGGGAGGUAUGAAUUGAGGUCCUGAGAGACAAUGUACAGCUCAGACAAUUGCCAGACAAUGUCUAAAAAUAGAGCUCUGGCCCACCACGUGUUCAGGAAAACACCCUGUCUUCAAUAAUCAAAAGACAGGAAGCCUGCUUACUGUGAGUCUAACUGGCAGGAAACCAGAUUGCUAUCUCUAAUGACAAGCCAGAAAGUUAAACAAAAUCUUCUUUUACAGGAAGUUAAACAAAAUCUUUUUUGAGUGGGCUUCCCAAAAAAUUGACAGUUUCUUUGAUUUUAUUCUUAUGUUCAGUCUAGGAUCAACUGCAGAAAGCCAAAGAUGCUCACAUAAUCAAUCUUAUAUGAGGCCCAGCGUUUAGUUUGAGGUCCCUAACAGACAGCCACCAGUCAAGGUACUCGCCGGCCACUCCUUUUCCUCCAUUACAACACUCUGCCCUUGUGGUGCCUGCCUUUAGCUCUGAGAAGCCUUCAGUGAUGGUGGCUGGCUUCUUGGCGACAGUAAGCAAUGGAUUAAUAUCCUCAGCUUUUCUUGUCUGGUUGGUCUUUAUUUCCAUAAAACAUCCAAAUUGUGGUAUCAAGAUAUGGGCAAGAGCAUGUGGGCAAGAGAUUUAAGACAGUGAAUGUUCAGGCCAUGGUGGCAGUGUUCUAAGAAGAAAGAAUGUGAGCCUGGAGGGCUUAGAGCAUGAGAUCUUGUCUAGGCACCUGUUUCUGUAUUGUUUAGUAUUAUAAAAACAAGAAACAGUGUCAUGGAAUGAGGAUGUGGGGGGAUAAGGCCAUGUGGCAGGUGACCUGAUCCAGCUAGGAGAUGGAUGCUGAGGCUUGGGAGCCAUGGAGGUGAUGCUGUCUUGUGGCUUAGAGCAGUGCUUACUCACCAGUCUGUGUUCUCCGAAGCUUUUGUGGUGGCUCUUGAUGUAUCAUGGAGUUUUCUUAGUUGAGCUGAGCAGUUAGGUAGGGACAAAUGAGAUUGCUUAGACUUGCUGACAGAGAGAGGCCAGGGUAGAAAGAAAAGAGGGACCAAGAUCCCUAUAUUUCUUUCAGGAGUAAAACCCAUUGUGAUCUACCUUUUUUCAAUUAGGUGCCAUGUCCUAAAGUUCCACCACUUCCUGUACAGCAAACCCCAGUCUUGGGUCCAGGUCUUCAACAGCGACAAUUCAAAACACAAACUGUAAAAAGAAAGAAAGAAAGAGAGAGAUAAGGAAGGAGGCUCAAAAGGGUUGGUUUUUAAGUGUGAGGGAUGAAGGGAGAGCAUGAACACAGAAGAGUACCAAGGUGCCUGGCAUUUGUGUGUGCUCAGUGUGGUUUUAACCCAGUAAGAGGGCCAAGUGGGGCAGCCUCCAAAGCAAAAAUGAGUAUUAAGCUUGGCACAGUGGGCACCAUCAAAGGCCUAGACAGAAUAGUAUCAUGACUGGCCAGGAUCUCCCCAGGUAAACUGUACAAAGUGACACACAGGAGUCCACAAAUGUGGCCGAGAGGUAGGCAAGAAUGGGGAGAGGGUAGCUGUGGCUAUGGGAAUUUAGAGCAGGGUCCAGAACUAUGAGGAAAGUACAGGGCAAAGCACAAGGUGCAAAUAGGAGUGGGCCUUGGCAGGAAACUGAGAGCGAAGACCAAGCCCCCAUUGGAAUGUAUCUAAGAAGCAUGACAUUGCAAAUUUAGGAAGAGAAGCUCGCAGGAAGGGCUCAUGCCCUACACUUCAGGCCCAGACCUUAGAUGCCAACUCUCUGCCCUCCUGCUUCUCUCACUGUAGGCUGACAAGGUGAACAGGUGAGACAUGAAAAGAAAGCCAGUAUUAGUGGAACCAGGACCUAGCCUCUGUUUGGAGCUGGGAAGAAGGGUGUGAGAGAGCAUGAGUGAGGAGUGGAAAGGGAGGCCUGAGAAUUGAGGCUGAUCAUGGAAUGAACUGUCCCCAUCACAGCAGGGCUGUGUGACCUUCGAGGACGUGAUCAUUUACUUCUCCCAGGGGGAAUGGGGACUGCUCAGUGAGGCACAGAGACUCCUCUACUGCGAUGUGAUGCUGGAGAACUUUGCACUCAUAGCCUCUUUGGGGCUCACAUCUUUCAGGUGCCAUGUCAUUGCCCAACUCAAGAUGGGGAAAGAACUUGGGGUUCCUGACAGAGUGGGCAUGACUUCAGCUAUGGCAAGAGGAGCUUUUAGCAGGCCUGGCUCUGAUUUUUGCUGUAGAAGAGAGGGUACAGUGCUACGUUCUGAACAGAAUAUUUUUGUACAAGGAAGAUCACAGGAUAGGAAUCCCAAGACAGCUCUGUCUGUGCAGAAGAGCUACUCUUGUGGCACAUGUGACCUACACUUGAAAGACAUUUUAUACCUAGAUGAAUGCCAGGCAACACAUGCCAGGCAGAAGCCUUGUGUAUAUGAGGCAAACAGGACAAGGGUCAAAUUCAAUACAAAUUUUCUCCAGCAACAGGUGCAGAAGAAUGAAGACAAGCCUACCAGAAGGGGAGAGGGCAGGGCUUCUCCUGGAAGGGCCCAUACAGACCACACAUCCCAAAAGCCUUUCAUGUGUGGGGAGGGGAAGGAGGACUUUGUGACCACAUCAGACCUCGUGCAUUAUCAGAUCACUCCCCUUGUAGGGAAGGCACAAAAGAAUUCCAGAGGUGCAUUGUAUUUUCCCACUGCCCAAAGGCAUGACAAGAACAGUCAAUCUAGGCAUGCUUUAAAUGACACAUCUACACUUGCAUAUCAACAGAGAGUCCAAAGUGGAGAGAGGCCUUAUGAAUGCAGCAAGUGUGGGAUAUUCUUUAGCAAUGCCUCUAGCCUCAUACAACACCAGAGAGUUCACAAUAGAGGAAAACCGUAUGAGUGCUCUGAGUGUGGGAAAUUCUUUAGCCAAUACUCUAGUCUUGUGAAACAUCAGAGAGUUCACAGUGGUGAAAGCCCCCACGUGUGCGGUUACUGUGGCAAAUUCUUUAGCCGAAGCUCCAACCUCAUUCAGCAUAAGAGGGUUCACACUGGUGAAAAGCCAUAUGAGUGCAGAGAAUGUGGGAAAUUCUUUAGCCAACGUUCCAACCUCAUUCAUCAUAAGAGGGUUCACACUGGUAGAAGUGCUUAUGAAUGCAGGGAAUGUGGGAAAUCUUUUAACUGCAACUCUAGCCUAAUUAAGCACGGGAGAGUUCACACUGGAGAAAGACCUUAUAAGUGCAAUGAAUGUGGGAAAUUCUUUACCCACAUUGCCAGUCUCAUUCAACACUAUAUAGUUCACACUGGGGAACGACCUUUUGGAUGCAGUGAGUGUGGGAAAGCCUUCAGCCGAAGCUCUGACCUCAUAAAGCAUCAGAGGGUUCAUACUGGUGAACGACCUUAUGAGUGCAUUGAGUGUGGGAAGUUGUUUAGCCAGAGUUCCAGCCUCAAUAGUCAUCGAAGACUUCACACUGGUGAACGGCCUUACCAGUGUAGUGAAUGUGGGAAAUUCUUUAAUCAAAGUUCCAGCCUCAGUAACCAUCGGAGGCUUCACACUGGUGAGCGGCCUUAUGAGUGCAGCGAAUGUGGGAAAACCUUUAGACAAAGGUCUAAUCUGAGGCAGCACCAGAAAGUUCACCAACCAGAUAAGCCAUAUAAAUGCAAUGAAUGUGGCAAAGCCUUUAGUCAAAGGCCUACCCUUAUCCGGCAUCAGAAAAUACACACCAGAGGAAAAAAUUUAGAGAAUGUGCAUCCUUCUUGUUCAACACACCUACAUACAGCAGAGAAAAGCUAUGACGGUAGGCUUUAUGAAGAAGCAGCAGGCAGAUGCUGAACUUCAUUCAUCCAAAUGGUCACUCUGGGGACCUAUUAUAGCUAGAUGUAUUGGAUGCUUUCAAGAGCUAAACUGAAUCCAGUUUUUCAUUGCCUGAGCUUGAGACAAGCCAUCUCAGCUUUGCCUAAUCUACAGCCUCCAGAGUGUAUCACCCACUCUACCAUCUCAGGGAAAGCAUACCUCUUUUUCCAGGUUCUGAAGGGAAUCCGGAGUUCUUGAGGCCAUGGGAAGGUGGCACUGCCCUGUGAUGAGUGUAGCUCUGGAUAUAACCUAUCUUUGUCCAUGGCAAUCUAAGUAGGGGGUUGCUUACUGUGAAUGUUUCUUUCUCAGGGAUAUUAAUCAGUCUAAUGUGAUGUUCGUUAUGGAUUUGUCCACCCUCCAUGUUAACCCCAUGCAACUACCCACUGUGCAUUUUUCUGGUUCAUGUGAUACUAAGGGUGUUAGUAACAAGUCUGUCUUUAAUCUUUGGUGUUCUGAUUACUGUGAGGAGUAGGUUAAGAACACUACUAAUGUCUACUAUAUUAAAAGGUGGGUAGCCCUUGUUUGUACCUCCAAGUUGAAUGCCUCUGAAGGAGCAAUAGGAUGGCAGAAACAAUGCUCAGCCCAGAUUUGGCCUUAUGUGCACUGCUAACAUAGGUGGACCCGUAAUUUGUAUUAUCUAGAAAGACACAGUGUCAAUGUAAGGAGGUAGAUGCCAAAUAUAGUUUUCUAAAAUGAAUGAAUGGCCAGAUAUUUAUGUGCAACAUUUGUUUUAAUGCUUUGUUAAAAAUAUAAUCAAUGUAUGAUAAUUUCCAAUAUAUACAUGAUACACAAUUUGCUAAGUUUUUAAAUAUGGAUGGACUCAGAGAACAACAUUAUACACAUGAUAAUGAACAUACCUGUUACAAUGGAAGUUACCUCAUGGCCAUUUAUAAUUUCUCUUUGCUUUCUCAGAACCAUUAAUCAUAUCCCAAAUAAACUGUUGAUUUAAUUCUUUUGUUACAGAUAAUAUUUGCUUUUUUCUACAGUUGCAUGCAAUUGUAAUCCUAUAGUAUUUAUAACUUUUGUGGUCUGCUUUCUUCAUACAACGUUUCUUAUAAGUUUGUUGACUUUCUGAAUUAUUUGAGCUAUCAAUGAGAGAAUGUUUAUAUGUGAAAGCAUAAUUAUCUUGAGACUUUGUGCUAUGAAUAUGGUUUAUAAAAUUUUUAAAAUUUUGUGGUAAAAUAGAAAAAUCAUGUUAACCAUUUCCAAGUGCACAUGCAGUGGUAUUAAAUAUGUUCAUAUUAUUAAUAACUGUCACCAUGAUUCACCUACAGAUUUCAUUUUGAAAAAUUGAAACCAUUUGCCCAUUAAACAAUAACUCCACAUUCUUUCCCCAUCCUUGUCUCAGAAAACCACCAUUCUGUUUUCUCUCUGUUUGAAUUUGACUAUUCUAAGUUCCUCAUACAAAUAUACUGUCUUUUGGGUUUCUUUGAGACGUGGUCUCAUCAUGUACUUGUUGUGACUAGCCUUGAAUUCACUAUGGCCUCAGACUCACUGAGAUCUUACUGCCUCAGCUUCCCAAGUGAUGAGAUUACAGGUGUGCACCACCAUACCCAGCUAAUUUAUACCAUCUUAAUUUUAAUAACAGAAAAACUGUUUAACUUAACUCCAUGCCUAACACUUUCAGUUACUGAUGUGACAAAAUUACCUCUUUCUAUAUUCUAUGUCCAAAAAACAUAGGUUAAUCAUUGUUCUGUUAAAAGGCAAUAGUCUUUUAAAUCUUGCAGAAAACAGAAAGGAGAGUUGUAAACCAAAGCUACAGUAAUAUACACUUAACAAAUUUCACAUAAAUUUACUACGGAUCUUUCAGUUACUGUCUGGUAACUCCUUUCAAACUGAAAGUCUUCCUUUAGCAUCUCUUGUAGAAAAAGUCUUGAUAAUUAACUGCUUCAGGUGAGGAGACAUUGAUUUUCCCCUCAUAUUUGAGUUUUGCUGGAUGAAGACUCUUUAGUUGGCAGUGCUUUUCUUUAAGUGUUUUUGCACAAAUGCACUCACUUUCUUCUGGCCUCCAAGGUUUUGGGUGAGAAAUCUGCUGAUUAUCUUUGAAUAUAAUAUUUCUUGCUUUUGAUAUUAUCUGACUGCCUUUCAACAGUUUGAUUAUAUGAGUAGUGUCUGUUUAAAUUCAUACUUCCUGGAGUCCUUGAAUGUUUCGUUCUUUCAUCUCACAUGGGGAGAUUUUAGCCAUUAUUUCUUGAAAUACUCUUCCUUACUUUUGCCUAUUUGAAUUUAAAGUUCUGUAACCGUGAAUGUACAGAUCUCUGUGUGGGUGCAUGCUUUCAUUUCUUAUGAACUGUUAUCUAGAAGGCAGUGCCUUUGUUUAAAGGUAGGUGAAUGUUCAACAUUUUUGGGAAACUGCUAAACUGUGCUGUAAACUGGUUAUGCCAUUUUACCUCACAUUUUCUAAGCUCACCAUCUCUUAUCCAUGGUCUAGGUAUAUGCUUUGCUGACAUGUACACCUCUAUACUCGUAUCCUGAAAGGCAAGUAUCACCACCGCUAAAUGUUAAUAAAACCUACAUGGUAAAAGUAUUCCAUUUCUUAUUUUUCAAAA